GGGGGUAGUUAGACUCUGAGACACAGUCCUGGGUUGGAAUCUGGAUCAGCCACUUUCUUUCUCUGGCCCCGCCCUCUUACCACCUGGCUCCCAAACUGGGAGGUUAAGGGUUAACUCUGGGAAGCCCCCUCUUCACCUGGAUGGGACUGGGGCAGGGAACUUCCUGUUCCACUUUCCCGGAGUUCUUCCCCAGGCUGGCUGAGGCUGACUCUGGCCCUGGGGCCCUCAGAGAACCCCCAGCAUCUCUGCCUCUGGAGUGGGGACCCGGAGAGGUGUGAGAGCAGAGAGGGAGAGAGACCCGAGAGUGGGAGCAGCUGCUGUGAGGCAUCCCCCAAAGUGAAGUAUGCUUGCAGAACCUGUCCUGGCUGCGUGGGAGCAGGAGCAGCUCGGAGCCGUCAAACUGGAGGAGGAGGAGGCCACCGGCCAGGAGGGCCCCAGGCGGCCAGAGGCCAGGCACCGGCCUGAGGUGGCUCACCAGCUCUUCAGAUGCUUCCAGUAUCAGGAGGAUAUGGGGCCGAGGGCGUCCCUGAACCGGCUCCGGGAGCUCUGCAGCCACUGGCUGCGGCCCGAGCUGCACACCAAGAAGCAGAUCCUGGAGCUGCUGGUGCUGGAGCAGUUCCUGAGCGUGCUGCCCCCACACCUCCUGGCCCGGCUCCAGGGCCAGCAGCUCAGGGAUGGCGAGGAGGUGGUGCUGCUGCUGGAGGGUGUCCAGACAGAGUCCAGCAAUGUGGGGCCACUGGAUUUUAGUUUUAAUUCUGGCAAGAACUGUCCCCGUGCAGACAUCACCUUGGAGGAACAUGGGGGCCCUUCCCAGGUCUCCAGCCACAGCCCCAAAGGAGAAGUGCCCACAGAAGGGGCUCCAGCCCUGGAGCCAUCGAAGGAACUCCCACCAUCUCAGCCAGGACCCUCCAAGCCUGCUGAGCUGGGGCCCUGGAGACAUUCCCCAAGUUCAAAGCAGACCCAGAGCCCAGGUCCCAAGAAGACAUUCCAGGCCCUGCAAGAUAGCGCCCCCCAGGGUCCCCUGCUGUGGCUGGAGGAGAACUCCCGAGAUCAGGAGCUGGCAGCUGUGCUGGAGUGCCUGACAUUUGAAGACGUCCCAGCAAAGAAAUCUUGGCCCAUGCACCCUCUGGGAUUUGGAAGCAGAACCCCAGACGAAGAGUUUAACGACGAGCCGGAAGGGGUUGCCCGACCCGCUGCCACCUCAGCAGAGUCUCGGGCAGAUAGUCCCAGGGUGGUGGAAGAGCCCCAUGCGCAGUCGCUCGGCCAGCGCCCGGAGGUGAAUGGCAGCGGCGGAGGAGCGUCGUCUCCCAGCAAGAGUGACGUUCCGGAGGUCAAAGUGGCCGGGGAGGUCCCCAAGUCGGAGCGAGAGAUGAAGGUCGUCUGCCCAGAAUGCGGCGUGAGCUUCCCGGAGCUGGCCCGCCUGGAGGCGCACCAGCUGCGCUCUCACCCGGGGGCGCGGUCCUUCCCAUGCCGGUGCUGUGGGAAGAUCUUCGGCCGCAGCUCCAUCCUCAAGCUGCACAUGCGCACACACACGGACGAGCGGCCACACGCCUGCCACCUCUGCGGCCACCGCUUCCGCCAGAGGUCGCACCUGAGCAAGCACCUGCAGACGCACUCCUCCGAGCCCGCCUUCCUGUGCGCCGAGUGCGGCCAGGGCUUCCAGCGCCGGGCCAGCCUCAUGCAGCACCUGCUGGCGCACGACCGGGACCAGAAGCCGCGGUGUGCCCCAGAGACCAAGACCCAAGCGCCGGAGCCAGCGGCCGUCCUGUGCUCCCACUGCGGCCAAACCUUCCAGCGCCGCUCCAGCCUCAAGCGCCACCUGCGGACCCACGCCAAGGACCAGGGCCACCAGUGUUCCGAGUGCUCUGGCAGCCUGCGCCCGAUCCCUGAGCGCAGGCCCUAUGUGUGCGGCGACUGCGGCAAGGCCUUCCGGCGCAGCGAGCACCUGGGGACCCACAGGCGCGUGCACACGGGCGAGCGGCCCUACUCCUGCCAGCUCUGCGGCCGCAGCUUCAGCCAGAGCUCCCAGCUGGUCUGCCACCUGCGGGUGCACACGGGCGAGAAGCCCUACGGCUGCCCGCACUGCGGGAAGCGUUUCGUGCGCCGGGCCAGCCUCGCCCGCCACCUCCUGAGCCACGGCGGCGCGAGGCCCCACCACUGCACCCAGUGCGACAAGAGCUUCAGCCAGAUACAGGACCUCGCCCGCCACCAGCGCAGCCACACGGGCGAGAAGCCCUGCCGCUGCAGCCAGUGCGGUGAGGGCUUCAGCCAGAGCGCCCACCUCGCGCGCCACCAGCGCAUCCACACCGGGGAGAAGCCCCACAUCUGUGACACCUGCGGCCACCGCUUCCGCAACAGCUCCAACCUGGCCCGCCACCGCCGCAGCCACACCGGGGAGCGGCCCUACGGCUGCCAGACAUGCGGCCGCAGCUUCAGGCGCAAUGCCCACCUGCAGCGGCACCUGGCCACCCAUGCAGGGACGGGGGAUGCGGCGGCGAAUGGGCAGGCCGAGCCCCCCCAGGAGUGUCGGGAGUGCGGCAAGAGCUUCAGCCGCAGCUGCAACCUGCUGCGGCACAUGGUGGUGCACACGGGGGCCAGGCCCUACUCAUGCUUACAGUGUAGCCGCAGCUUCAGCCGCAACUCCCACCUGCUGCGCCACCUGAGAACCCACGCGCGGGAGACCCUGUACUAACUGCGCCGGGUUCCCCAGGCCUGCCCUGCGCGCAUCUCCCCGGCAUCCUCCGCAGCCCAGGCCUGCAGCGGCUGUCCCUGUCCACCACCCCACCCCACCUCCUUCUGAGUCCACCAACCCUGCAUGUUAGUUCUGCCCUUCCCCAGAGGCAUCUCUUCCUGGCCUCAGGCAUGUAUUUCAAAAUGCUCAAAGUAAAACAGCCUUCUGGAAAGUGGUCCUUCUACAUUUUUAAGUUCCCUGAAUACCAUCUGUUACCCUCCCCACUGUGUCAGAGAGAUGCCUUUCUCCUUCCCCCACCAGCACCUUGAAUAACAGGUGGAUGGGAGCAGGUGGGGGAGAGUCCCCCCCACCCCAGACACGCCAGCGGUGUGUGUGUGAGGGGGUGGCCAUUUGUCAUAACCAGCUGUGGAUAAGGCCAAGGGAUCUCACCCUGGAAUAUUUCUCCUCUGGAGUCUACCCCCAGUCUGUGCUGUCCAAUAUAGUAUCCUCUAGCCAUAUGUGGCUGUUUAAAUUAAUUUAAAUUGAAUAAAAUGUAAAAUCCCAGAUUCUGGAUUCUCAUGGGAAAGCGGUUGUUCUGGAACGUUGAUAACUAAUUCAAACUGAAAAUGCUAGCAAGGGAGCGAAACCUGCCUGCCAGGGGUCGAGUUGUCACUUGGUUACCCCUACCCACACGUAAUCCUCCAAACCCAGAGCUGGUUAGGCUGAUGGCCCAACCGUCUUCCUUCUACCCACCUGGCAGUCUUGGCCUCCUUCCCCCUCUGGUGCACAGAUUCAAA